AGACACUACUACUACUACUACUACUACUACUACUACUACUACUACUACUACUACUACUACUACUACUACUACUACUACUACUACUACUACUACUACUACUACUACUACUACUACUACUACUACUACUACUACUACUACUACUACUACUACUACUACUACUACUACUACUACUACUACUACUACUACUACUACUACUACUACUACUACUACUACUACUACUACUACUACUACUACUACUACUACUACUACUACUACUACUACUACUACUACUACUACUACUACUACUACUACUACUACUACUACUACUACUACUACUACUACUACUACUACUACUACUACUACUACUACUACUACUACUACUACUACUACUACUACUACUACUACUACUACUACUACUACUACUACUACUACUACUACUACUACUACUACUACUACUACUACUACUACUACUACUACUACUACUACUACUACUACUACUACUACUACUACUACUACUACUACUACUACUACUACUACUACUACUACUACUACUACUACUACUACUACUACUACUACUACUACUACUACUACUACUACUACUACUACUACUACUACUACUACUACUACUACUACUACUACUACUACUACUACUACUACUACUACUACUACUACUACUACUACUACUACUACUACUACUACUACUACUACUACUACUACUACUACUACUACUACUACUACUACUACUACUACUACUACUACUACUACUACUACUACUACUACUACUACUACUACUACUACUACUACUACUACUACUACUACUACUACUACUACUACUACUACUACUACUACUACUACUACUACUACUACUACUACUACUACUACUACUACUACUACUACUACUACUACUACUACUACUACUACUACUACUACUACUACUACUACUACUACUACUACUACUACUACUACUACUACUACUACUACUACUACUACUACUACUACUACUACUACUACUACUACUACUACUACUACUACUACUACUACUACUACUACUACUACUACUACUACUACUACUACUACUACUACUACUACUACUACUACUACUACUACUACUACUACUACUACUACUACUACUACUACUACUACUACUACUACUACUACUACUACUACUACUACUACUACUACUACUACUACUACUACUACUACUACUACUAAUAAUAAUAAUAAUAAUAAUAAUAAUAAUAAUAAUAAUAAGGAGUCACUGUUACUACAAAUUAACAGUAGUUAUGCAAAACUUAUGAACUUACUAUACAGUCUAUAG